UGACGAGCAGAUUGUGGCGGGCGAGGAGUAAAGCUGGUGUGUCCCGCGUGGCCUGGCGCGCAAUAACGGUCGUAAAGCGUCACUUAGUAAGACGGUAUCAGAGGGGGAGGGUCGCUCAGCUCUUCCUCUACCGCACAGCGGUUCAACCUUUUCUCAGGAUUGCCACCUAAAGUGCCAAGAUGCCGCGUGGGAGACCCCGUGGUUCAGGGACAGCCGUAGACAAACCCCGUGGUCGUAUGACUGCUUACGCCUACUUUGUGCAAACCUGCCGUUCUGAACACAAGAAACUUCACCCCGACGAGAACGUGCAGUUCGCAGAGUUCUCCCGCCAGUGUUCUGAGCGAUGGAAGACGAUGUCCGAGAAAGAAAAAAAGAAGUUUCACGACAUGGCCGAAGAGGACAAGACUCGCUUCAACGAGGAGAUGAAGGACUUCGUUCCCCCAGCGGGUGGGCGUCGUGGGCGGCGCGGGCGGGGUAACAAGCCACCCAAGGACCCUAACAAGCCCAAACGAGCCUUGUCUGCCUUUUUCUAUUACGCCAACGAUGAACGAGCCAAGGUACGUGCCGCCAAUCCCGACUUCUCUGUGGGGGAGGUGGCCAAGGAGCUGGGCCGCCAGUGGGCUGAAAUGUCUGAAUCCGAGAAGAUAAAGUACGAGAAGAUGGCUGAGGAAGACCGCGCUAGAUACAACAAGGCGAUGUCGGCCUACAAGGCUGGUGAUGGCUCACCCUUGAAGAAAGCCAAGGCUGCUAAUGGUCACCCUGUUGAUGUUAUGCCCGAUGAAGACGAUGACGAGAACGACGCAGGCUCCGAAGAAGACGAUGACGAUGAUGGCUCUGGCGAGGAUGACUAAGUGAAGUGAUUGUGUGAGCAUUUACACGACCAAAAAGACAAGUGUUAUGUGAUGUACAAACUUAUUUUUAUACUGCUAAGCCUGUACAUUUUAGCAAGUAAGGUAUUUAUCCCAUCCGGGGAUUCCUCAAGGAUUGAUUUUACGUCCCUUUAUGUACUUACCAAUUUCAAAUUUAGUUUUUAUAUUUU